AUGGCAUCGGCAACGACAUUCUACGAUUUCACCCCUAAAGACAAGAAGGGCAACUCUUACCCCUUGACCAAUCUCAAAGGCAAGGUUGUGCUCGUGGUCAAUACGGCGUCCAAGUGCGGAUUUACGCCGCAAUUUGAAGGCCUGGAGAAGCUAUACAAAGAAAUCAAGCCCAAUCAUCCAGACUUCGAAAUAAUCGGCUUCCCCUGUAAUCAGUUUGGUAACCAGGAUCCUGGCUCCAACGACGAGAUUCAGUCAUUCUGCCAAGUCAAUUAUGGGGUCACAUUCCCUGUGCUCGGCAAGACGGACGUCAACGGCGACAAGGUUGAGCCGGUCUGGAAGUGGAUGAAGGAUACCAAGCCAGGCAUUCUCGGCUUAACAAGAAUCAAGUGGAACUUUGAGAAGUUCUUGAUUGACAGAGAGGGCCAUGUUGUGAGCAGGUAUGCGAGCACUACGGCACCGGCUUCACUCAAGGGUCCCAUUGAAGAGCAGCUCAAGAAGCCCAAAGGUACAAGCGGAGCAUCGGGCAAAGCCGAGCUUUAA